UCUCGCGAGAGCCGCGCGCGGAGCCGGGGAGGACAAGAUGGCGGCGACAACGCCGAUGGCGCUGGGGCCGGAGUCCCUCAAGCUGGAGAACGGGCAGAGCACGGCGGCCAAGCUGGGACUGCCCCCCCUGACCCCCGAGCAGCAGGAAGCUCUCCAGAAGGCCAAGAAGUACGCGAUGGAGCAGAGCAUCAAGAGCGUGCUGGUGAAGCAAACCAUCGCCCACCAGCAGCAGCAGCUCACCAACCUGCAGAUGGCAGCAGUGACAAUGGGCUUUGGAGAUCCUCUCUCACCUUUACAAUCGAUGGCGGCUCAGAGGCAGCGGGCGCUCGCCAUCAUGUGCCGGGUCUACGUGGGCUCCAUCUACUACGAGCUGGGGGAGGACACCAUCCGCCAGGCCUUCGCCCCCUUCGGGCCCAUCAAGAGCAUCGACAUGUCCUGGGACUCGGUCACCAUGAAGCACAAGGGCUUUGCCUUUGUGGAGUACGAGGUGCCUGAGGCCGCCCAGCUGGCCCUGGAGCAGAUGAACUCUGUCAUGCUGGGGGGCAGGAACAUCAAGGUGGGCAGGCCCAGCAACAUCGGGCAGGCCCAGCCCAUCAUCGACCAGCUGGCCGAGGAGGCCCGAGCCUUCAACCGCAUCUACGUGGCCUCGGUGCACCAGGACCUGUCCGACGACGACAUCAAGAGCGUCUUCGAGGCCUUUGGCAAGAUCAAAUCCUGCACCCUGGCCAGGGACCCCACCACAGGGAAGCACAAGGGCUACGGAUUCAUUGAGUACGAGAAGGCGCAGUCGUCGCAGGACGCCGUGUCCUCCAUGAACCUCUUCGACCUGGGGGGUCAGUACCUGCGGGUGGGCAAGGCCGUGACCCCCCCGAUGCCGCUGCUCACCCCGGCCACGCCCGGGGGGCUCCCCCCGGCCGCCGCCGUCGCCGCCGCCGCCGCCACCGCCAAGAUCACCGCACAGGAGGCCGUGGCAGGAGCUGCAGUUCUGGGCACUCUGGCGACACCGGGACUCGUGUCCCCAGCCCUGACCCUGGCCCAACCCCUGGGGGCUCUGCCCCAGGCUGUGAUGGCAGCACAGGCCCCUGGAGUCAUCACAGGUGGGGUCCCCUUCCCCUGGCACCUGUGUGACCCCUCCCCAGGAUAUCCUGAGCCCCAGGACGAGCAGGAUGAGCCCCAGGACCCCCCAGAACCCCCCCAGGACCCCUCCCAGGAUAUCCUGAGCCCCAGGACCCCCCAGGACCCCCCCAGGACCCCUCCCAGGAUAUCCUGA